AUGCAGGAGCUGCGGGAAACUGCACUAAGAAAGGAACAGUCGAUAGAGACAGUGUCGCUGUCAAGAUCAGCAGUACUAAGCUCGGAACACUCGGGUGUAAAUGAUUGCAGUUUGAUGGUGCUGCAAAAUGAUCCCGUGGCUGCUCGUAUAGAAACUAGUACGCGUAUGGACGAUAUGUAUGCGGAAGCCAAGGCGUUAAUUAAUCCAUAA